ACAUAUCAAUCAGCUCUAAUUCAUAGAAUCAUAGAAUAAUAAGACUGGAAGGGACCUUGAGAGGUCAUCUAGUCCAGUCCCCUGCACUCCUGGUAGGACUAAGUAUUAUCUAGGCCAUUUCUGACAGAGGUUUUUAUAACCUGCUGUCAUUAAAAAUAAAGGGAAGGGCAACUACCUUUCUGUAUACAGUGCUAUAAAAUCCCUCCUGGCCAGAGGCAAAACCCUUUCACCUGUAAAGGGUUAAGAAGUGAAGGUAACCUCGCUGACACCUGACCAAAAUGACCAAUGAGGAGACAAGAUACUUUCAAAUCAGGAAGAGGGGAAACAAAGGGUCUGUCUGUGUGAUGCUUUUGCCGGGAACAGAUCAGGAAUGCAGUCUCAGAAACUCUGUAAAGUUAGUUCUGAACCAUGGAUAACCUCAGUAAAGCAAACGCCACCUUUGCACUCAACCUAUUCAAAAAGCUGAGUGAAAAUACCAAUACACAGAACUUAUUCUUUUCUCCUUUGAGUAUCUCCUCUGCUUUGUCCAUGGUUUUUUUGGGUGCAAAAGGUACCACUGCAGCCCAGAUGGCAAAGGUGCUUUCCCUGGACGAAACUGAAGACAUUCACGAUAGAUACCAGUCCCUUAUUUCUGAAAUUAACAAGCCAGGCACUAAUUAUUUGCUUAGGAUGACGUUUACAUUUCUUGCAACAUUUAUAGAUUCCUGCCGGAAAUGCUACCAUGCAGAGCUAGAGCAACUUGACUUCUCUAGAGCUGCAGAAGAUUCCAGAAAACAUAUAAAUGCCUGGGUAGAAGAAAAAACUGAAGGUAAAAUCCAGAAUCUGUUGGCUCAGGGCAUUGUUGAUUCAAUGACCAGACUGGUCUUGGUGAAUGCCAUCUACUUCAAAGGCAACUGGGAAACCCAAUUCAACAAGGAUUGCACAGUGGAAAGGCAGUUUAAAAUUAACAAGAAUGAGACCAAACCAGUGCAGAUGAUGUUCCAGAAAGCUAAAUUUAACAUGAGCUACAUGGCAGAUUUUCGGACCAAAAUCCUUGACCUCCCUUAUGUUGAUAACGAGACUAGUAUGAUCAUCCUACUUCCUGAUGAAAUCCAAGAUAAUUCCACUGGCCUGGAACAGCUGGAAAGAGAACUUACCUAUGAGAAACUUAUAGAGUGGAUAAAUGCAGAAAUGGACUAUAGUGAAGUGGAGGUAUUUUUACCCAGAUUUAAGCUGGAGCAAGCUUAUGAUCUGAAGCCUGUUCUGAAGAGCAUGGGAAUGGCUGAUGUAUUUGACAGAAAAAAGGUGGAUUUAUCUGGAAUGUCAGCCAGCAAUGACCUAGUUCUGUCUGAAGUUGUUCACAAGUCCUUUGUGGAGGUAAACGAAGAAGGCACUGAGGCAGCAGCUGCUACUGCAGCAGUGAUCACUUUGCGAUGUGCACUGAUUGUACCACGGUUCACUGCUGACCAUCCUUUCCUCUUCUUUAUCCGGCACAACAAAACUGGCAACAUUCUGUUCUAUGGCAGAUUUUGUUCCCCCUAAAAAGAAAAAAUGCAGCCAUUAACACAGUAAAGUUAUUUCCAUUGUACUAUCUUGGGAUUUUUUUUUUUGCACUCUAAGCAACAAGAUUUGUACAGAUGCUGUACGUUACAUGGUACAACCCUACACACCCUUCUCUCUUGUGCCUGAAACCACUUUUUGUAAUCCUCUAUUCAAAUUUAAGCAACAGUUUUAAAUAAUAGGAUCAUUUAAGAAUGUCUGUUCCAAGUGGUAAGACUUAAAAUGGCAUUUACCAUAGUUCACUGGAAAACACCCCUUGUAUCCUGUAUAUCUAAAUAAAUGCAGAUUUCUUUAGCUUGAGUCCUGGCUCAUCUUUAGCCAUAACUACUUGCUUAAUGCAUCCCUCCAUCUCUGUACAUAUUCCCCUAGAAAUCUGGUUCUCAUACUUGGGGUUGCUUAGCAACAAGUGGUAAGAUCUUAUGGGGAGAGGAAGGAAGAAAGAAAGAAGACUGGCUUCUGACUGACCUCCAAAUGCUUUUUGCAAAUUUCCCUUCUCCCUGUCUUAUUUUCCAGACUGGUUCCUUCCAUGUCUAGCUGUGCAGCCAUCUAACAGAUUUUUAUGAACACUACUAACACAACUGUCAUUGGGGAAUAAUUGAUCAAGUACUUAUUCAAGACAAGGAAUGAAGUCAACUCCACUGAAGUCAAUGGUAAAACUUGUUAUUGACUUCAGUGGGGUCAGAAUUUCACUCUGCAUGUAUCUUAUCACUCGUUAACCUGGGUUACAUUAAUGUUUAACACUUGUGAAAUAGGACAGACAUUUCUAUAGCAAAGAUUAUAAUAAACUUCCAGGACACAUACAGUAACUUAAAUGUGAGAGCUCUCAUUUGUAUCUAAUGUAACAAACCACGAAGGCAAUAUGUAACUCAGCAGUUUGUAUAGCUUUUUUGCUCAGACGAAUAAUGCUAAACUCUCCAGCCAUAAUGGCUUUAUACAGUGAUUUUGGUCUUGCUGUUUCUGCUCCUUGAACAAAAAAUAAAGGAACUGAUGUGAA